GUGAAUACUUUCGACUGAAAAUCAUAGUCAUCCUAAUUACAUAUUCAUGCUGAAAGGAAUACCUUUCUACCACAGAACAAAUAGGGACAACUGUGUCUACGCCGCUCUGUGACAUAUUUACACAGGGUUUAAAAUUAACUUGGCAGGAUAAUGCAAUAUUUUCGCAUGGGCUUCGACCAUGCUCAAAAAAUCUGGCACGUGACAUGAUUUGAGCCAAUCGGGCGAGUCCCCGUUGCGGGAAACCAUGGACGACCACUAGAAUUCGAAAGUAUCAAACUCAGAUAAUUUGAAUUUAUAAUACAUGUACUAGAAUAACAAUAUUACAAUUUGACAAAUGUAAACACAAGUUAGCCAGCCAUGAAUCAGUUCACUUGCUCUGUGUGAUUUUAUACUUUGUUAAAACCUUUUCUGAAGUAUAUUUUCGUAUCGAGGUACCGACUGAUUGAAAAUGUUCCCAUAGAAACGUAUGCCACCGACAGAUUCGCCGAGUCUAAAUACAUAAUACUGUAUCUGGUUUAUAUAUAAAGACACUUGUUACGCAAAUAGCAAUAAUAUUCAUUAUGUGACAUAAUUCCGCAUAACAAAUAUCGAGUAUCUUCGAUAGCGAAAGGAUAUCGGCUUUGAAACGGAGGAAAAUUGUGACACAGAACUCGGACCUUCUCACAGGUGAGUUAAUACAUAUCAUUUACUGUACAAACUUGUUUAAAUUUCGUGCUGUGAUACAAUACAUAACGCAUAAUUAGGAAGAAUAUGUUCAUAACGCGUUUAUUCAUGUAAAAUAUUUUCCUCGAUUUAAAAUUCGGCUGCGAUAAGGAUAAAGUAAUUAUAUCAUUUAAGCCUCUUGCGAGACAGUGGUUAAAAUUGUGCUAGCCUAAUCAUAACACGAAGACGGUUGGAAGUCAUAUUUCUUCUUCCUCAAAAGCGAAGGUAAGCAGACGAAUUCGUCAGUCAUAUAUAGAUAGAUUCGCACGGUAAUAUAUUGUAAUCCUACGCUUCACCUAACUGAUAAGUAGAAUGUUUUCGUACGCCAAUUAUAAAAAAGUCUUUAUAACAUACUGUUUGUGGUAUAACAUUUAAAAACGUUAAAGUAAAAGUAUACUUCAUUCGUUAAAAUACAGCUUUUUAUGUAGUCUGUACACCUCAGGCUCAGUAACGAAAAGAAGGUUUUAAAAAAUAACCGUAUUUCUCCGAGUUGUAUAAGGUAAGAAGAUAUGGUGUCUUCAUGCAGGAACACUACGAUUAUGGAGCAGUGAAACGAUUAAAAUGUCUCCAUUCUUAUCGGAAUAUUGGCGUGAAGUUUUAAAAGUGUUCAGGUUAUUUUAGUCAAACCUUUUAUAAUUGAAAGCUUUACGUUGAAAAUGGACGGAAUCGAAUUAGCCCUCGAUUUUGGCCAAACUGAAUUGAAAGAUUGGAACGUGACAGGCCAACCGAUACAGAUUACAGUCCAAAAGUUUCGACGUAUAAUAUUUACAGUUAACACAGCAAGCUAGUACAUAUUUUAUUGUAUAAAAUGGAAAACUACUAAAGCUAUCCAAAUCAUGCAUUGUAGCCAUACAUCCGAAUAUGGUGACUUUGUAGAUAACUUAGAUUACACUGUACAGGCUCGCGUAGAGGUAUAUAUAACUAUAUAAACCGUCUCUAAACAAUGUUCCAAAAUUUACCACAAUUAGACUAGUCCACAUUUUUUAUUACCUAUAUGAUCAUUCUGUAGCCAACACAAAAGUACAAGAUGCUAAAGCCGUAUAAUUAGGAUAUUGUUAGACUGCACUUUAAUGCCAAGACUUGGCAAUCACGCGUGUUUCAAAGUCUAUAUUUUUAGCGCGAUUUAAUGCAUUUAUGCGAUUAGCAAAUUUCCAUCUCAUGAAUCACAUGGUCCUUUACAUAAUCCUGCGUUAAUUUACCAAUACUUUCAACAAAAUCCCCUGUUCAAACGAGAAUGAAAGUUGAUGAAAGUUGGCAAGCGAGAGUUUGCGUGAGAGCUUCAUCAACUCCAAUAUGCGCCGGUCGAACGAGAACAAGAGUUGCAUGACGGAGUUCAUGACAGUUGACUGGAUAUUACUUGUCAAACGAGCAAAAAUUCUCGUCAAAAUUUGAACCAGCUGGUAAAUUGACGAGAGUCAUGAGAGUCGAUCGGUCCGAUGAGGCCCCGGAUUGGCGAUGAACGCAAGCGAGGUUUGCAACACUCAUCAAGAAUAUCACUCAUGCGGCCAUUGUUUUUGACUUUCAAAAUAAUUACCCCGCGUCACGUUUGUUGUACAUGGAGGCGGGGAAGUAUUUUAUUCAGCUUAAUCUUUUCUCAUUAUAACCACAGUAAGUUCCUCUUUUUGUCUCACAAAUUGAACAAACAUUAUAUAGAAGCCCGUGCGUUUAAACUUCAAGUCUUGAACUGAGUUGAAUUGCCUAUUACGUUUGACAUAUUAUUUUCGUCGUAAAAAGAGAACGUUGGAGUAUAAAAGCUCUUUAAUGCAAUGGCCCAGACACUGAACGCCGCGACGGAUCCGCUAUCUUCACUGACAGAUCCUUAAUUAGCCCUGAUUCAGUUUCACUGAAUACUAGUGGAAGCGCUAAAACGUUUUGAGUUUUUUGGUCUAUAGAUGAUUUUGAAUAUUUCGUUUUAAAUAUACGGUUUUAUUUACUUUCAUAUACUGAGAAAUGGAAUCACGUCCGAUGAAAGGCCUUUGUUUGAAACGUAUAGAUAUGCUUUGUAUAUUUUUUUAGGAAGUUCCGUCCUUCAGACUUCAGCUAUCUGUCAAUAUCAAGGAGUUCAUUUGACUCUCAUGUAGUGGAGUUUUUUUAUCCAAAGUGAAGAGUAAAAUUUGCCGCUUCAAAAUAACUCCACUGCACGAGUAAAAUUCACUCCCUGAAAUUAAUAGCCUUGUAGCCUUAGUAUCGCUAUAUACCUACACCGGCACUUAACGUAACAGCUUAUAAGUCGAUAUGUCCACUGUGUUCAAACAUUAUAAGUCGAUAUGUCCACUGUGUUCAAAGGGGAACAGGCGGGUGAACAACAUCUUAUAUCUGCUGUAAAUGCCAACAAAUUAAGAGCAUGCAAACUGGUGCGCAAAUGCAUUGAUAAUGACAUUUGUGAUAUUUUUAAAACUUACUUCACAAUGCAGCAACAUGGCAGAGAAACAAGAAACAAUAACAAUAUGAUAAAGCUACCAGCGAUUAAAACUGAGUAUGCUCGUAAAUCUUUCUAUUUUAUGGGAGCUAAGAUUUAUAACGACCUACCUAUAGAAUUAAGAAAGAUUGAGAACAAUCCGGAUUUUGAGAAUAAGGUUACGGAACAUUUUAAUGAAUUAUAAACGGUUUUAAAUAUGGUAUAUAAGAAUUAGUUCUUAAUGUACAUAUAGUUUUUAGAGUUUUUUUAGAGUUUUAAUUUUAAUAGUUAGUUCUUUCUAGACUUUUUAGGAUAACAGGACACACAUUGAUAACAGCUUUUUUAGUUGAAGUGUAUUAUCCUGUAUAAAUAUUCGUAUUAAACUUAAACUUAAACUUAAACUAACAGUUUUUAAUAUGUAUAGCUAGUGAUCAGCCUGACUUCGUGACUGUGAUUUGUCUGAGCGAUUUCGAUCUUAACCCAGACCGAACAGCGAAAAAUGGAGCUCUAUCCCGUCUUUGUUCUUCUACCAUCGUUCAGAACGACAUUCACGACGAAUUUUGCCAAAAUAUUCGUUCUGAACGAAGAGUAGCCGAACGAAGACGGGUAUGGUAAGAAUUGGGGUCAGCAUUCAGGGACGCCGGAACGAUGUGAAGGCAGGGGGGGCAGAUUUUCGUGAAAGGGCACUUUUGAAUUGAUAUAUACUAAGAGAUGUUUGCAAAACAUCGGGAGUUGAACUUCGCCUAAUCAUGUUUUCUAUUUAUUGGAUGAUAGGGGUGUGAGGGGGUUCUCCGCCAGGCGAUUGUGCUAUUCUUGAAGCUCGAUGACUGCAUUUCUUGCGUUUUCUGAAGCAAAUUCGUGAAAGAAUUGCACUAACAUUUCUGACAAUUCGCUAUUUCGCCAAGGCAAUCUUUUAAAUUGAGAGGGCACCUUUGCCUCCCUUGCCCCUCCUGGUAAAGGGCAACGGGGGCGACUGCCCCUCCUGCCCCACCAGUUCCGGCGUCCCUGUCAGCAUUCAUAAGCUGUAGACAUGAAUCUAUAACCUGUCGUUGAAAAACCACACUGAGCCGACUUCGAAAAUUGUCAAAUACAUCUUCGUACUAGGUUGUCUCAAUUGCUGAAACUCUAAAAAUAAACUCUCUAAAGUCUAAACAACUCAAUUAAGCCUGGUCACACUAGCAAUUUUGUCGGCGCUGACGGAUGCAAAUGAACGAACUGGCACACAAAAGUAUAGAGUCUCUUCAGCAGUAAACAAUGGACCAUUCCCCCAUUAACCAAAAUUUUGAUCUCAACAAGUCUAGACAAAAUUCCAUCAUAGCAUGAAAAAGCAUCACAAAAUUAGUAAUAUUCCAAAGUUUCGUUGCAAAAUGUUGUAAAAUGCGGAUAAUAUAGCCUUGCGAAAUUUGCAAUUUUCAGUCAUUUUAGAUUACAAACGAGAAAUGGUUACCACUUUUCCAAAAUUUUGAUUUUAACUAGCCUAAACGAAAAUUUCAUCACAGCUUGAAAGAGCAUCACAAAAUUAGUAAUAUUCCAAAGUUUCGUUGCAAAAUGUUAUAAAAUGCAGAUAAUAUAGCCUUGCGAAGUUUGCAAUUUUCAGUCAUUUUGUAUUACGCACAGAAGUGGUAACCAUUUCCCGUUUGUAAUCUAAAAUGACUGAAAAUUGCAAACUUCGCAAGGCUAUAUAGCCAGUAUAUUAUCCGCAUUUUACAACAUUUUGCAACAAAACUUUGGAAUAUUACUAAUUUUGUGAUGCUCUUUCAAGCUGUGAUAAAAUUUUUGUCUAGACUUGUUGAGUUCAAAAUUUUGGUUAAUUAAUUGGGGAAUGGUCCAUUCUAAUUAAGUCUAUUGCAUGUCUUUUAUACUCCAUCACAUUUGCCAGGAGAGAAAAAUCGCCGACAGAUCAAGAAUUGCUAGUGUGAACCAGGCUUUUCAUUCAUAUGAAUACGGCCAAUGUCAUAAUUGUUAUUCAUCACUUUGAAAACUGAUUGUUCUCGAAUGAUACAAAUUUUAACGAUCUGUGUCGGAGGCGUAGGAGGUAAACAAAACACAAGAAAACUGCAGAUGGAUAUGGAUUUAUAAACUAUCUGAAAAAUACUAGUAAAACCUCGACCUGGCGAGCAAAUUAGGCCCUUCGUCGUGAACUUAAUGUUCUCGAAUGUGAUUGCCAGUGUUCGAGACAGCGGUUUUGAUCUGUGUUUAUCUGAAAUUAUAAUAUGCAAACUGAAAGGGGAAGUUGAUAUUAUAGUCUCAAAUUGUAUACUUGUCAUAACCUGUCGCAUAAUUUAUCGAUAAUGAAAGGUUUUGUGAUUGUCAUGCAAAUGAUUUCACACCAGUGUCUAUAAAGAGGGAAGCGCCCACUCGUUUGUGGCUUUGUUUGGUUCUAGUGGAAUUUUGCUGAAGGAACUUUUUCGGCGCAUUUUAAUUUUUAAUAUGUGAACACUGAUCUGAGUGGGCCUGCACAAUGCCAUAGUGUCCUUGCGAUAACUUCAUUAACAGAUAUAAAUAAUUGCGUGUUCAUCUGCAUGUCUGCCUAAAGAUAAACACUCAAGCCAGAUGAGAUCCCACUUAUGCAGGCUUUAGGCAGGAUCUUUGGUCAAGAUAUUUUUUACUUCCUACCACGCGAACGGUAUGAAUAUUUUUUACUGAAUUUGACCUAUAGUUGAGAAAUUUGUUCCUUUUAUUAUUUGGCUCAUUCCCCGUCGCCAUCAGGGCUUUUCAGUGACCGGUUACAUCAAGUAUUACGCUUACUUAUGUUAACUGGAAUGCUACCUCAUCAACCGGAAAUUUGAAGCCAACCUUGAGGGCCUGUCCCAGUCUUUUCACGCACGCGAAGAGCGCGAUCAAUCCGUCAACAUGAACAUGUAUUCUUGAAAACUGGCUUAAAGGACAUUGGCAAUAAAAAAUUUGUUCAGUUCAUUUGAAAGAACUCUUAAAACUAUAUAUCAAACUCUAUUACAGAUUUUUAUAUCUUGCUUACUUUUCAAAAUAUUUCGAUUGAAAAAAGUAAGCGGAUUAUUGAGGAUAUGCAUGUUACGUCAACAGAGGGUCACGCUAAUUUUUAUCAUGAGAGUGAGCGAUAAAUGUGGGUCCAAAACGUCGUUUCUGGUUGCUGUCUGAAAUUUAGAAAUGAUUAAAAACAUUGCAAACAAAUUUGGAUUGUUACUCGGUCAUUUUAGAGUAGUUUUAUAUGCAGGUUCAGCCAACUCCUGACGUCAUCAAACUCAUAGUGAAUGAUGUCAAGAAUUAGUCCAAGAUGGUGGACAGCUCAUUAAUUUCGGUCUACUGAAAUAUUUCGAGAACUAAGCAAGAUAUGACAAAUCGGUAAUAGAGUUUAAUAUAUAAGUUUAAGAGUUCUUUUGAAGCAGAGAAACUAUUUUUUAUUGCCAAUGUCCUUUAAAAUUAUUGUUCCCAUGCCAGUAUAGCUUUGAGUGGCUAUGUUCCCAGUAUGGCUAUGUUCCCACUAUGGUUCCAAGUAUCGUUCCUAUACAAUCGGCUUAAAAGUUAAUUUUAUGCACUUUUCAUGUUAAUAUUUGUUCAAAUAUAUCAGGUGUUAAUGUGUGUUUGUGUCUUUAAAUAUAUGUUAUAACUAUUGUUGUCUUUCUUGGGAUGCAUGGUCUUCAAGAAUAUGGGAUUCUUGUGCUGUUGACUAUAUCUUCAACCUUAUUAGUCUCAAUCCAUGUGUAUAACCUUAAAUUUAUUAUCUAUUUGUUCAUGUAUAUUCAAUUCGUUGUAAAGUUAAAGGUAGGGUACAGUCCGUAGGUAAACAAAGCCUUUGUUUACAUUUCGCUGGCAAAAUAUUGAACUUUAUUCGACAACUAUUUAUAUUUUCAUGCUUCUACAGUAUAAUAAAUGAUAAAGAUACAACAAUCAGGCUUUGCAAGAACAUAAAAUGAAAUAAAAUCCUAAUUAAAGUGUUAUAUCACGGCAGGAGACUCCUAUGUGCGCAUGCGCAGGCCAGACUGUACCCUAUCUUUAAUAAAGAAAUUAAUAAUGUACAUGAAAAAAUGUCUCAAUUCUGAUUGCCUAAGAGGAGUGCAAUGUUUUCGAAAUACAGUGCCGCCAAAAACUGAAACUAUAAGGCAGUGCCAAAAAAUGAAAUACAGUUCGUGCAAGUUUCAUUGCCUAUAAGAUACAGCUAUUUCUAGCAGAGAAAACAAUAAAGAACCCCAAACAUUUACAAGUGACGUUUUUAGUGGAUUUUCUAUUGAAAUUAUUUAUAUUAAAAUUAACUAUUUCGCAUGUGACCUACGCACGCAUGUGACUGCAUAAUUUUUUCAUGUAUAUUAAUAAUAAGUAAUAGUAUGGUUUCUCGUGCAAUAUGAAAAAAAACAUACACUGGUUAGUUUUCAAAGAGUUACGCCCGUAUUCUAAAAACUCACUCAUACUCACACUUCGAUGAGUGGAGGUUCAAUAUGAGCUUCUCUUGAGUGUCAAUGCCGUUUUUGAAUAGCUGGAGGGUGAGCAGUCACAUAGUAAGGUAUGACACUAGCCCUCCAGCUAUUCAAAAACAGCAAUGACACUCGGAGUAAGCUCACAUUGAACUUCCACUCAUUCAUUGUGAGUGAGCUUUUAGAAUACGGGCGUUCAAAUUGCACUGGUCCUUCGGACUCAUUUGUCGGAUCAGUUCUGUAAUAAUUACGUAAUUAUGUAAGUAUUACCACAGCUCAUUUUGAGUGCAUGCGCAUUGUAACGUCAUUUGUGUGUUCCCGCCUAGAUAUUCGAGUUGUUCUGUUCUCUAUUAAAUUAACCCACUGUCUUUUCUAUUUCAGACAACUGCUUCUUUGCACGAUUUAUGACGUUACAGCACGCGAUCAAUUACGGUGUUUCUUACAAAAAUCGCGGCAAGAAUAUGGAAAGCAUCACUUUUGUGCAAAAACGCAACUUGACCUUGUUCGCAUUCUCCAUGCGAAUGUUAUUCAUGGGCGUUGAAUAUGCGGUCAUAUUUCCCUCCGUUUGGUUGUAUCUGAAAAUGUUCCACGUCGAUUAUUGGUAUCUUGGGUUGGUGUUAUCUGCUUAUAAUAUGGUAGGAAUUGUAUCCACUAUCCUGGUUGGCAGGCUAGCUGAUGCGACGAGGAGGAUUCGUCUGACCGGAUUCAUUUGGAAUUUGACUGAAAUUGCGGGGAAUUUUGUGUACGCGAUGCACUUUAAUGUUACAUUACCUUUGUUCGGUCGAAUGAUUGCGGGUUUUGGAGAGGGGUACAUCUCCGCUAUGUGGGGGGAGUUGGCCCGUGUCACGACGAAGGAACAACGAACACGUUACUUUACCAUCCUCAAAGGCAGCAAUCUUCUUGGGGCGGCCAUCGGACCUGCAUUGAACUUAUUUCUGAAGGAAUUCAAUUUCUACAUCGGAAGUUGGCAUAUUGAUUUUCGAACGUCGCCUGGUUUCUUUAUGGGCGUGGUCUGGGUCAUUGUAACUCUAAUCAUGUUGGUGUUUGUCUACGAUCUUUCGUCGGAGAUGAAAGCCAGGCCUGGGUAUGGAUAUUAAUAUUUUUUAUCUCCGCUUGCAGGCUAAGUUUUCGGCCAUACAUUUUAUACAUUUAUUAAGACCUAUACCAGGUGUAGCUGCAAAAAAUGCAACGGUAUGCCCUCUGACGGGAAUAGAACCUGCGGCCCUGCGAUUCCGGUGCAGUGCUCUAACCAACUGAGCUACAGAGUCGUGUUGUCGAGAUGUAAACUACCUAAUCACAAGUUAAUGCGCAUAUACUUAGGUGAUGCCAUGGUAGGAUAUAUGGCUGACUUCUUACCUCUGCUGCACAAGUUUGUGGUCGAGCAUGGCUCGCGAGCAACGACAAUGAAAACGUCAAAUAUUUACCAGUAAAUGGAUCAGUUCAAUUUAGCUAUGAGACAAAUUGUUUGUUGUUUGGUAUAGUUCAACGUUUUAUCGCUUGGAUACUUGUCGUUUCUAGUACUAUAGUCAGAUGCUUUAUCAUAGUGUUCCCGUUCUUUUUCGAUUUGGCUUUCUUGUGUUUGAUGCAAUUAUCGUAUCCUUUUUCGUAUUUGUCUUUUUUGUGUUCAACUUUGUAAUUUUUACACAAAGAUUGUAUUUGUAUUUUUGUCAAUUGGAAGCCCCCUUGAUAAGCCUUGGCUUUUUGGGCAAACAUAUUAAUAAAGUUUAUAUGAAAAAAUAAAUAUCAAGAUUUUUGGGCAUCUCACUGUAAUCUUUCGGCAAUGUAAGUUCAAUCGAGUGAGAUAUGACCAAGCAUUACGGAAAAAUUACCCAUGUGUCCCUAAGCUCAAGAAGCAAUACAGUCUUUAUUGCCAGUAUGCCAAAAAUUCCUUUGUCUAAUAUAAUUUAGCAUGCGCAACGGCGCUAAGGGAGUGGUAUAAUUCGCUCAAAAUAUUACUUAACGUCUGCUCCGAAGGAAAAUAGUUAUAAUUUUGCUUCCCGAGAGUCACACAUACAUUAUGUGUUUAAUUUUGUUAUAUAGCGACAAAGAAAAAAACAUUUACAGAACAAUUAUAUUCCAUCAAUAAAAACUCUUCAGUAUAAAUUAUUUUUAACCAUCAAAAAACCUGUUAAAAAGUGUUUGUGUAGCAUUUCCAGUUGCCGUAUUUCCUUCACUGCUCUUCUGUAUUCCUUUUGUAAACUGCUUGAAAAUCUUUCUUUCUAAAAUUUUGACUCCAUUUCAGUCGAGUAUUUAUUUACGUAGCCGGUUGGGUCGACUUGGAGCGGGUAACAAUUUUUCACUUGUUGCCCGGCGGGAUACAUUGCAUUUAUCCGGAUUCACGUCGCCAAAAAUCAGAGAUUGGAUACCUCCACAAACAAUCUAGCUAUAGAAUGUGCUAAAAUUGCUUCUAUCAGGGAUCCCAAGUGUGGAGGACAGAGGGGCAACUUGCCUUGGGCCAACAGCCUGACAGCGAUCGGACUUUUCAUUUGAGAUGAUACCAAAAAAUAAUUUUUUGGAACAAGACUUGGGCCUUCAAGACUUGGGCUUUACUCGGGCCUUCUUUCAAGUUCAACGAGACUAUUUCAUUCUGAAAUUAAGAUUUUUCUGAUAAAUUGGGAACCCUUUCAUGACUUUUCAUUGCGAGGGGGGCGGGGGGAGGGGGGGAGUACACUCCACAAUUCACAGCCGAUACGUCCCUGCGCGCAAACAGAACCUUCUGGUGUUGUUGAUCAUGUUAUAUAUAUUCACGACAUAUAAUACACUUGAAAAUGUAUAAUAAACAAUCUUGCAUAUACACAAGAAACAAGUGCUUAUUUUGUUCAUAAUUUCAUUUCAAGAUACAAGUUGCUUCUUCAGGAAAACUCUGACGAAAUUGAGGAUGGUGUCGGUUCACUCCUGUCGGGCUCAAUUACCCCUCAAGAAAAUGGAAAGAGCGAUCAUGGGCGAAAAGACGAGACAGGAAAUGAUGUAGCUGAAGAAGCCGAGCAGGAAACCGAGGAAAAUGAUAAAAAAGGCUUGCUAGAGAAGACCGCAGAACCAACCGAGCCCGGAAUGGUGGAACAAUCUGACGAGCCUGCAACAUUUUGCUCCGCGAUGAAGGACAUGUUCACAAAGUUCGAAGUGAAUGUUCUUGUUUACUUGCUGUUCUUUAUGUAUAUCACUCACACUUGCUUGCAAGGAAUAACCCCUUUGGUGGCAGAACGGAUGUUAAAAUGGAAUGAGACCAAAGUCAGUAUCGUCUAUACUGUUUGGGGAUUGGAGAUUAUUGCCGUCCUGAUUGUCGUUUGGUUGGUGUCGCCAAAAAUCGCCGACCGCGUUAUCCUACUGUCAGCGGUCAUCUGCGGUUCCCUCGCAUCGGUGAGCCUAAUCGUCCUAUCCUACUCCACCCCUGAGAGUAAACUUUGUUACUACAGCUUUUUAGUGACCAUAUUCCUCGGCGGGGUGGGCAUAUCAAUAACAGUUGUUGUCGGACGGUCACUGGUGUCCAAACACACGCGACCGGAAAAUCAGGGACUCGUUCACGCUAUCCUUACGUCAUUUAACCGAUUGGCCGGUCUUCUAGGCCCAAUAUUUGGCAGUAGUUUGUAUACACAUAAAACUGUCAUGGGUUGUUUGAUCGCAGGCGUACAAUUUCUUGGUUUAAUAUUGGUGAUUGUGGCUUUUGGACGGUUGAAAGUUGUAAAUAAGUCGUAAUAUAUUGGUAAAGGGAAUUUGAGAUUUGAUUCAGGUGGCUCUUGCAAGUCUUAGGAAACUAACGCUUGUAUUGUAAAAGCUCACUUUCAUUCACAUACAGAGAGUAGAGGUUCAAUGCGAACUUCCCUUAAGUAUCAAUGCAAUUUUUGAAUAGCUGGAUGAUUAGUGUCGUCGGCCCUUACUAUGGGCGCUUUCCAUUAACACGGCCAGACCGGUCAGAACGCUCAAAUUGUUGAAUGGAACACAAAACGUUUGGGCUCGGAUCUAUCUGACCGGAAAAUUUAGAUAAAAUUAGAAUGAGGUCCAUUUUCGCUAGAUAUUUGAGAAACAUAGGCCAGAUCUUUCCAUUGAUACAGAGAACAAUUCUGGUCUGAUCGGUCAGGUCAUUAAAUGGAAAGCGCUCCAUGUGACUACCCCCUCCAGCUAUUCAAAAACAGCAUUGACACUCAAGGGAAGCUCAGAUUGAACUUCUACUCUUUGAGUGUGAGCUUUUAGAAUACAGGCGUAAGUCUAACAAAAAGAUCCUGUAGUUCCAGUUUGCCGAUUGACCCACGAUCUUAUCCUGGCGUAUGUACUCAAACAAAUGCGCGUAAAGAUGUCACAUUUCGCCAUAGAUUGAUGAACUGGAAUAGUUGCAUCAAUUCAUAUACGCCACAACUGGUCCUAUCGUGUAAACGGGCCUUUUGGUGCAUUACGACCUAUUUACACGAACGGCAGACCGCAAACUUAAAACCGGAUUUUUGAAAUCAACUGUUAGCUGUUCGACGUUGGAUGAGCUACUUAGCUUUGGACGACAAAAUAAAUUAGAUUUGAAGUUUGCCAUUUGCUGUUAGCGGUCUUCCAUGAACGUCAAUCUUAAGGUUUCUAUAAUCUAUAAAUUGAACUGAUAUUCUGUCUACACACGUAAAAACGCACAAGUUGUAACAAACCUGCAGCAGACUUGUAGCAAUGCUGUUCCAACAACUUGUCAACAGGAUGUGUUCGCACUGCUUGUUCCCAGCUUGUUGACAAGUUGCAACAACUUGUUAUCCUGCUAUUCAACAAUUUGUCAACAAGUUGUGAGUGACAACCUUGUAGCAACUUGAUAAAAUAACAACAUUGUUACAACUUGUAGUGACAAGCUUGCUGCAAGCCUGUUGCGAACACAUCUUGUUGACAAGUUGUGAGAUUACUAGCUACUUGUAGAUCGUUGUGCAUCAAUACAUUUUAGUUUUUAAUAACUUGUAAGUGCCUAAAUGAUUUGGUUCCAGUAUAUCUAAGUGAUUAUUUUGUUAACAGCAGAAGAUUAGAAAUAUCGAGAUAAAGAUAUAAAGAGAUCAUCGUUUAUCAUGUUACUAAUUAUUAAAUCUUUCCAAAAAACCUUUGC